AUGGAAGUCGACGCACCUACCAGAACAGAAAUUGCAGCUUUGUUCAAGCAGCUUAAUUCCAGGCAGCCCGAAAAUCGCACAUGCUUUGACUGCGGGAGCAAAAACCCGAACUGGUCCAGCGUUACAUACGGAGUAUAUCUGUGCCUUGAGUGUUCGGCCGCUCACCGUUCGAUGGGUGUGCACAUCUCAUUUGUCCGCUCAACAAACCUGGAUUCCUGGUCCUGGGACCAGCUGCGCGUAAUGAAAGUAGGUGGGAAUGGCAAUGCAGCAGAGUUUUGGCGUCUCAAGAACUGUGGUAAUUUGCUUUCGGGAGGCUCUGGAGGCGAUAUAAAAACCAAGUACACUAGUCGCGCUGCGCAGCUGUACAAGGCACAUCUGCAAAAACUCUCACAGCAGGAUGCCGCAAGCUCUGCCGACAGCCGCGUCUACGUGGGUACUUCGAGCUAG